GGACCUUUCAGGCCAACCAGUCUAACGUGCACGCAACACUGCCGCUCUAAUCCCUAAACCACAUCCCCCAGGUGCAGACUCUUGAGCAGCUCCAGGGAUGGUGGCUCCACCGCCCCCCUGCACAGCCGCUUCCGAUGCCUGGCCACAGGAGCAGUGACAAAUGGGACAGAAUCCCUCACUGAGCUGCUCGCCCGCUGCCACGCGAUGCCACUCACAUCUAGCAUGUCCUUCUGUUCACAUCUGCCCACAUCUGUCUGCAUCCCUGUCGCGACACAGCACGUGCACUGGGUUACAGCCCCGCUUCUCUUGUUCCUUGCAGGAUAAUGCCGGUGAGAUGGAGCCGCUACAACCCCAGCUACCUGGAGCCAGAAGUGAAAAAGGAAUCGUAUCAGAAACCUUUAGAGGAGCUGACUGAGGAGGAAAGGGAACUAAUGGAGCUUAAGGCUGUUCGCCCAAUCAAAGCUGCUCCUCCCACUCUGUCCAGUUCCGUGUUCAGCGACCCUAUGAUCAGUAAAUUCACCAAUAUGAUGAUGAAGAGUGGAAAUAAAGUGCUAGCCAGAAGCCUCAUGUCUCAGACUCUGGAGAACAUUAAAAGGAAGCAGCUGGAGAAGUACCACAAAGCUCCAGAAAAUGAGAAGGAAACAAUUGAAUGCAACCCCUACGUAAUUUUCCACCAGGCUCUCAAGAACUGCCAGCCCAUCAUCGGGCUUAGCAACAUCACCAAAGGAGGCAAAACCUACCAGGUGCCCGUCCCGCUGACGGACAAUCGGAAGCGCUUCCUGGCCAUGAAGUGGUUGAUCACAGAGUGCAGGGACAACAAGCACCGCCGGACAAUGAUGCCAGAAAAGCUCUCCCAGGAGCUGCUCCUGGCCUUCAACAACGAGGGGCCUGUCAUCAAGAGGAAGCACGUCCUGCACAAGAUGGCAGAGGCCAACCGGGCGUACGCCCACUUCCGCUGGUGGUAGGGACCCUGCAUGGGACACGCUGCCACGGCCUGGAGAGCAGAGCCCCGGGGCUGCCAGCCUGGGACAGGGAGAGGUGGGAUAUCCCUUGCAGGCAGUUUCUUAUCUAACCCAGGGAAAGCUCACGCAUCCCCACAAGGUUGUUUUUCUUUGUGCUUGUUUGGAUGGGGGAAGGGGGAAUCUGAGUUAUUAGCCCCAGCAGGGCUGCUCCAGUUAUUUCAUAAUCACUUCCCUGUGAAGACAAGCCUUAGAUGUUUUUCUUUUAGCAACGCUAAACAAAAUCAUCUUUCACUUACCUUUAUCCUGGGGAUCUGAAAGUCUCUCUGCUCCUCAAAUCAGCAAUGUUUUUGGCUGCAGAGCUAAGAGCAGAGCUGGAUUCUUUUCCACAGGGAUUGGUACAACAGGCAAUAAAAGGCUCUUUUUGAUUUUUUUUGUUUUGGUCAUCAGCAACAUGG